CCAGGGCUCGAUGCGUGUCUCCUGCAUUGGCGGGCAGAUUCUUAACCACUGCGCUACCAGGGAAUGCCCCCUCUGUUUGUUUUUAAAGGGAGACUAAAUGAGGCGUUAAGAUAGGUGUUUUUAGACGUGUUAAAACUGAAACUUUGUCUUCAACCCAAUCUGAAUUAAAAAAGGAAUGAGAAAUGGAAUCACUUUCUCAGUAUGUGACUGUGUCAUUCAGUAGUAUCUAAAAUCAUCUCAAGUACCUCUGUACAGUGGAACUCAUACUUUGGGAAAUGCUGUUUCAAUCCAAUCCUAAGCGACUUGCUUACAUCACACAGCUAGAGAGUAGUCAAAUCAGUAUAUUUCUCAGGCCUUCUUACUCCCAAACUAUUGCUCUUUCCAUCUUUACCACAUGGUUCCUUGAAGGCAGUAAAAUAAUACUUAAAGGUAUAGAUGUUGGUGUUUACCUCUCUUCCCCCUACAUGAAAUCUCUUCAGUACAAACACACUCUCACACAAACUUCUCCAGUGGCUCCCUUCCUUUCAGGAUAAAAUCCGUAAGUCCAUUUUGGAUGGCCUACCAUACAAGAUAGGUAACAUUUAUUUGGAUUUGUUUCCAUACCUCUGCUGACAAACUUUGUGUCCUGGUGGUAGAAUGAAGCUCGAAAAUUAAAUCACCAGGAAGUUGUGGAGGAAGAUAAAAGACUUAAAUUACCUGCAAAUUGGGAAGCUAAGAAAGCUCAUUUGGAAUGGGAAUUGCAGGAAAAAGAAAAGAAAAAGAAUGUACAGCAAGAGGGGAAGACUAUAAGAAAGUGAAGUUGCUCGAGAUCAGUGCAGACGAUGCAGAAAAAUGGGAGAGGAAAAAGAGGAGGAAAAACCCCAAUCUGGGAUUUUCAGUGGAGAGGAGUUCUACCCAACAUCUAACAGUCUUCUUCACGGAACACACGUGCCUUCCACAGAGGAAACUGAUAGGAUGGUCGUAGACUUGGAAAAGCAAAUUGAAAAACGAGACAAAUACAGCCGGAGACGUCCUUAUAAUGAUGAUGCAGAUAUUGACUACAUUAAUGAAAGGAAUGCCAAAUUCAACAAGGCAGAAAGAUUCUAUGGGAAAUAUACAGCUGAAAUUAAACAAAACUUGGAAAGAACAGCUGUCUAAUCUCCUUCAGGACCUGUUCUGCCAAAUUGUACCAGUAAAUCAGGACUCUUUUAUAAUUUGUAAAGACAUGUUCUACAAAUCUGUGUAUUUUCAUACUUAUUUAUUAUUCAUUUGUUUUAGAAAAAUGUCUUGUAUUUCUGUGUUUGAAGUGUGUGCUUAAUGUGUGCACUCUGCUAGGCUUAAAAUCCUUAGAUACGAACACAAGUCAUCAUCAUGCUGAAAUCUGUCAUACAUUUGACUUGACCUGGAGUUGAUCUUGGGAGCUUCAGAGGUGAGUUGCUAAAUUGGCACUAAUUCUUCUAUAAGCUAUGGUAGGUAGUGAAAGGCAGGCAGUGGUCACUGGAAAUUCAACCUAAUCCCUCCCUGCUCCAAGAGGUCACAAUUAGCAGGUGCUUGCCUGUCCCAUGUUGUAUCCCAUGGCCCAGGUGCAUUUAUGGGGCAAGCAUAGAGGGUGGGAGACUGAUUCUCCAGUAGCAUUUUACAAAUAUGCCAUCCUUCAAAAAGCAAAUAUCCCUUGGAAGAAGGUAAGUUAAAACACUUGGUGAAAAUAUUAUUAAAAUACACAUAAUACAAUCUUUUUUUUUAAAGGCUAACUGGAAUUCUAACCUUAUUUCAACUGUAACUAAAAAAUUCGGACAUGCGAUUUUAGUAGUAAUUAUGGGAAACAGAGGCUAGAAAACCUGAAGUCAUGAGUAUCCCAUGAAAGUGAAGAUUGUGCCAUGUUACGUGAAUAAAAACAUGCCUAGGCUUGAGAUCAGUAUAAGCUGGGCACACUUACUGAUCAACGAGUAGGAAGCUCUGAUUUAGCUAAUGACGGGUUUAUAAAGAUGGUAAUAUAAAUGCUAAUAAUAAAGGUAUAUUCAGUGUACUGUGAAUAGGGAAAUUUUAACAUUGUGGUACAGUCAUACAGCUACAGAAUGAGACAGAUCUAACAUGAAAAGAUGCUCUUACCUAUAUAAAGAGGUUUGUACAGGCAUAGAAAUAAAAUCCAGGAUGUGCACCAUA